CUGAAGCCGUGGCUUUGAAAUGUGACGCUGUGCAGCUCAGGAAGUGUAACCGACAGAGCGAGAGAGAGCGAGAAACAGCCCGAGAGGAGCAGGUCAGGCCUCCUAGUCUGAGAGGCACCUCCACUUUGUGGCAGACUUGCCGGAGUUGCCUGGCCAGGAGGAGCGGUAGGCCGCACCAUGGGCUGAGAUCCUUCACCACCGGUCGGGCCGGCAGCUCCUUGGGCAUCAUGAACGUGCAGAGGCAGCUGAUCUCCGCCGCCAUCAGGGCUGAGGCCAAGAGGUACGAGGGAGUCAAAGUGCAGCUCAACAAACUUUUCCGGCUGGUGGAGCUGGUCGAUGACCCGGAGCUGAAGGGCGGCCUCAAAGCUUCGCUGUGCGUCGUGAGAGAAGCCGUUGCAAACAGCCAGGAAUGGACCCUCGGCCGCUCCAUCCCCGAGCUCCGACUGGGUGUUCUUGGGACUGUCAAGAGUGGGAAAUCGGCGCUUGUUCAUCGUUACCUGACUGGCUCCUACUUGGGCCUGGAACCGGCUGAGGGGGGCCAGUUCAAGAAGGAAGUGGUGGUGGAUGGGCAGAGCCAUCUGUUGCUGAUUCGUGAGGAAGCAGGGCCUCCGGAUGCCAAGUUUGCCAAUUGGGCAGAUGCUGUGAUCUUUGUCUUCAGCCUGGAGAAUGAGGCCAGUUUCCAGGAGCUGUCACAGUAUUAUGGGCUCCUUACCACCUACCGGGCAGUCUCUGACAUGGCUCUUGCACUUGUGGGCACACAGGAUAAGAUCAGCGCCAGCAACCCACGUGUGAUUGAGGAUUCCCGAGCUCGGACUCUGUGCACUGAAAUGCGCCGUUGCCUUUACUAUGAGACAUGCGCUACUUAUGGGCUCAAUGUCGACCGUGUCUUCAGUGAAGUUGCCCAGAAGAUUGUGAAUAUGAAGAAACAGCAGCAGCUCCUAGCGUCUUGCAAAUCUCUGCCAAGCACACCCAGCCACUCAGCAGUCUCCACCCCGGCAAGUAACGGCGGACACACAAGUGACUACUCCUCAUCCCUGCCUUCCACACCCAACAUCAGCCAUCGAGAGCUGCGGGGAGAAGCCUCGGCCCUCAUCGGCACACCGAGCUCUCUGCAUCGUGGGACCAAACGCAGGACCAGCCUUUUCACUAAUCGCAGGGGGAGUGACACAGAGAAACGGAGCCUGGACAGCAGAGGUGAAAACACGGGGAGUGGCCGAGCCAUACCCAUCAAACAGAGUUUCCUACUGAAACGAAGCGGCAAUUCUCUGAACAAGGAAUGGAAGAAGAAAUAUGUGACCCUGUCCAGCAACGGACUUCUCUUCUACCACCCCAGCAUUAACGAUUAUAUCCAUAGCACCCACGGCAAAGAAAUGGACCUGCUCCGUACCACCGUCAAGGUGCCAGGCAAGCGUCCACCACGAGCCAUCUCAGCCUGUGGCGCCUCCUCCAGCAUCAAUGGCUUGGUGAAGGACGUGAGCAGCGUUGGCGUGGGGGACAGCACUAGCCCCAGUCCAGGUCUGCUGAAUCCUCCAACUGACCAAGCAAUCAAGCUCUUAGGCAAACCGGACCGGAGCCUGCAGCGCUCUGUCUCCUCCUCCAAGGCUGAGGCAGUCCUGGCUGCAGAAGGGUUGUCCAGUCCUGGCAGCAGUGGCAAAGACCCACCCCCAUCCCCCAUGGUGGACAGAAAGAAACACAGACGGAAGAAGCUUGCAACACCUUCCAAAACCGAGGGCUCAGUGGGGCAGGCAGAAGAGGAGGAGAACUUUGAGUUCAUCAUCGUUUCCAGCACAGGACAGACGUGGCACUUUGAGGCCAGCAGCUUUGAGGAAAGAGACUCCUGGGUCCAGGCCAUUGAGAGCCAGAUCUUGGCUAGCCUGCAAUGCUGCGAGAGCAGCAAGAACAAGGCUCGGAUGGACAGCCAGAGCGAAGCAGUGGCCAUCCAGGCCAUCCGGAAUGCCAAAGGCAAUUCCUUGUGUGUGGACUGCGGGGCCUUGAACCCCACCUGGGCCAGUCUGAACCUGGGAGCGCUGAUCUGUAUCGAGUGCUCCGGCAUCCACCGGAACUUGGGCACCCACCUGUCACGGGUACGCUCCCUCGACUUGGAUGACUGGCCCCUGGAGCUCACCUUGGUCCUCACCUCCAUUGGCAACGAAACAGCCAACAGUGUUUGGGAGAAGUGCACACAGGGACGCCGGAAACCCACCUGUGAAUCAUCCCGGAAAGAGCGGGAAUCGUGGAUCCGAGCCAAAUAUGAGCAACGUCUGUUCCUGGCACCACUGCCCGCCUCUGAACUGCCCCUGGGGUGCCAGCUCUUCCAGGCUGUGCAGGACCAGGACCUAAGUGCUGUGCUGCUGUUGCUGGCUCACAGUUCCAAGGAACAGAUCAAUGCCCCUACUGGGGACAAGGACCGGCGCUCAGCCUUACAUGUGGCGUGUGACCUGGGGAACGUGGUCAUCACUCAACUCCUGGUCUGGUACGGUUCCGAUGUGAAGGCCCGUGAUGCCUUGGGGCACACAGCGCUCUUCUGCGCCCGCCGAUCGGGGAGCCAGGAGUGCAUCGACAUUGUCUUGCAACACGGUUGCCCGAACGAAGGCUACAGCACUAUCCCCACCCCCAGCCUGCGCCGGAAAAGCAGCAGUGCCAGCGUGGGAAGGACCGAGGCUCGGACUGCCCUGGUGUAGCAUGCUGGGAGGAGCAUCUUCCCCAUCCCGGUGGUGCCAACAGGGGUGCAGCAACUGAUGCCUCCUCUCCCUGUGGAGACCCACACUCCCUUCUGGCAAUUCGGGCUCCGUGCCAAGGAGCCUUGGCUCAAGACUUCCUGUCACACGCAGGAUGUGGUGGCUGCCAUCCCCCUCCCCUGAGCCCUUCUGCAACAGCUGUGCUCGGCACAGGCUGCCACACUAGGACUGCCUCUGUGGCUCAUGACUCUCCCUUAGGCCGGGCCUCUGGCUCCCUCUGUUGGGGCCGCUCUGCUGGUCUCCAGGGCAACAGCCAUCUCUACAGGCAGGCGGUUGAACCCUGCAGGGAACCGCGACCGCAACCUGACCCCCGAUGGCUUGGAGUGAAGGAUCAGGGGGGCCUAGGACUGUUUCGCCCUCCUCCCAGUUAAUGGGGACCUUUGGGGAUGGAAGGGGCAAGUGGUGACGUGGGGACUUUUUUUUCCUUUCUUUCUGUGUUUGUAACAAGCUUCGAAGGUGGAAUGUAAUCCGUGUUAUUGGAGUGGUUAAGUGACCCACCUCAACUAACCAGUGGGCAUGGAAAUGACAGGGGGGGUUGCUAAAAGGGACCAAGGAGCAGGGGCCAGGGGUUACAGAGGAAAUGUCCCUGCCACUGAUUUGGUUUAAGCGGACAUUCUCUCCUCCACCACCACCACCACCACCCCUUAUCUGCCUUCCUCAAUAUCUCAGUAUUUGGGGGUGCAGAGCUGAUCAGACACAACGGCACUGCAGGGACACUGGCGUGAUCAGCUCGAUCUCUCGAGAUUUCCCAUCUUCCAGGAGCAAAGUUGUGUAUACAUAGCUUGGAGGGGAGAUUCACACUGCCAUCCAUCCCUGCCCAAGGAGGGGGGGGGGACCAGUUAAAAUUCUGAGCCAAGCCCCCCGCCCUUGAGGCACUUGCUUCCCACCCCACAUCAGCUCCUGAAUUAGCUCUCCUACAGCACGAGGAUGAGACGUUCCCAUGGCAGAUCAGCAGCCUUUGUAGGGGGAGGGAAGGAAGCCUGGAGAAUCCCUUUUUGGCACCAGCCACCUGUUCUUCUAGGGAAGCAACACAAGC